CAUAGAUUACGACUGCACGCGUAAUCGUAGUUGUGCUGCUCGCCUGCGCGCACACGACCAACAACGCUUUCGCAUCUAGACCUGAGCGGCCCUAACUCCCGUCGCAGACUAUGGCGCUGUGAGGAUAUGGAGGAAAUGACACAAGAGGACGGAGCUGCCCUUGCAGCAUCCUCGCAGGCGAAGGCCAUGGACAGAAAGCAGGCAAAUGGACCCCCAGCGGCCGGUGCCGUCUCUGAGGGCACAAAGGCGGGCUACAGGGCGACAAUGUUGGCAUACGUGGUGAUGACCUAUGUGCAGGUGUUCGGGUAUGCUCAGCUCGCCAAGCCCUUCUGCGCUGGGACGGCGCAUACACUGCCCCUGGGCAGCACCCUGGCUGCAGGCUACCCCUGCAGCGGCUCUGUGGUGCAACAAAUGCUCUACCUCGCGGCGCGCCCUGUCCAAGUCUUCCAGGACUACCUCACGCUGCAGCGCCCCGACCGCUGGGUGUCGGCCUCGUCCCUAGGCAUACUAGCCCGGCUGCUGCUGGCGGCGGUGGUGCCGGCCAGCCUGCAGGCGCCGCGCUGGUGCAUGUGGGUGUUCCCGCUGCAGCGCAUCGUGGCGCCCGCCACCCUGAUGGUGCUGCUGUACACGGCGGACAUGGAGCCAUCGGCGCUGUCGCUCUGGUUCGUGCGCAGCUGGCCCGUGUCCGACUGCGCAUACGCACUGUGCUUCCAGACUGGCUUCGUGGCCGAGGCGGUGUACGGCGUGGUCAGCUUUUGCAUCAGCGCCGCACUGGGGCUGCGCAUACGAGCACACGGGCGGCGCCAGCUGGCCGCCGGGCACGGCAGCGCCGACGCCGCCGACCUGUCCAACUUCCCGCUGACGGCGCAGCUGCUCACGUGCGCCGCCUCCACCGCGUUCGUGCUGUACGUGCAGCUGCAGCGCCUCGCGCAGGAGCGCCGCCGCCAGCAGCAGCUGCAGGCGGCGUCGGCGGCGGCCUCAUCAUCCUCAGCGGCGGCCUCAUCCUCCUCAGCGGCAGCGUCAUCCUCGGCGGCGGCGGUGUCAUCCUCGGCGGCGGCAGCGGUCGCGGCGGCCGCGGCAAUAGAGGCGGGGCCGGAGCAGGAGCAGCUACCGCCCGGGGACGUGGUGCCGGGAGAGCAAGCGGCCCUGGGCAAGCUAGCCUCGGCCACGGUGACGACGGACGCCGCGUGCACGCCCACAGCCGUCGUCACGGAGCGGGUUACCAGGCUCGCGCUCCUGGAGCGGCCGCUUCAAGCGGAUCCGUACACCGGCAACGCGGUCCGCCUGGCACGCCGCAUGCAGACGCCCCCCCGGCCUGUACCAGCGCUGCAGGCGCGGCGCCCACCGCCCGCGCCCGCCGCACCUCAGGAGCCUGCUGUUAGCGCCGAUCAUGCCUACGCGCUCGCUGCCAGAACCGUUGUCGCCGUUGGAGUAACCGCCAAUGCAACCGCCGAGGGCGGCACCGCCGCCGCCGAGGGUGAGGCUGGGAAACCGGCGCUUCCGACUUCGGGCUGGUCGCGUCGGCCGGCGUACGUGCCGCGCGUGCGGCUGCAGCGGCGUCUUGUGAAGAUCAAGGGGGCGCAGCCGGAGCAGGUGGCGGCGGGCUACGAGGCGCGUGUGGCGGCGGCGGUGGCGGCGGCGGGCUUCGAGUUGGAGGGCGUGUACCUGCGCCGAGGCUGCGUGGAGCUGGUCAUCAACGCGCGUCGCUGGCUGCACAGUGAGGACGGCGGCGCCGCCGACGGCGCGGAGGCACAGGCGGAACUGGCAGACGCCGACCUCGACGCCCUGCUGGCAGCGGCGGAGGCGGAGGCAGACACCGAGGCGGCGGUGGCGGCGGCUGCCGCCGCAACUGAGUUCAUUGGCGCAAGCAGCGGCGCUGAGGACGGCGAAAAGGGCUGCGCGCCUAUGCGCAUGCCGAUGACGGCGGAGUACUGCAGCCAUGCGUCCGCCGCGCCGCCGCUGGCGGCUGGGGCCAUCGGCUCCCCGUACGGCCGCGGCUUCUUGGGCGGUGAGGGCGGCGGGCGGCGCGUGCCGCAGUGGUCGCCGGCGCGCGUGCAGCGGUACGUGGUGAUGGACGUCCGCCAGGCAGCGGCGGCGGCGUCGGCGGCGGCAGCCGCCGCCGCUGCGGGGAUGCAGCCGGCCGCCAAGGGCUCCGCCGCCGCCGCGUUGGCCGACUUGCAGACCGCACGUGGCUCCACCGUAGCAACCAAGACCGCGGCGGUGGCGGCAACGGUGCUGUCGGACGUUACCAGUGACACGGCCGUGCCUGUGCAGCCGGCGGCGGCCGCCGAUGGCGACGGUGUCGUGACCGCGGAGCCGGUUUGCGGCGGCGGCGUCCUGGAGUCUGGCGACAUUGACAUAGGCGCCCUCAUCCGGGCCCUGCAGAUUGUGGACAGCGCCAGCUACGCCCUCGUGCCUGAUGACGAGGACAUGGUGGAUGACGAGCAGCAGCAGCAGCAGCAGCAGCUUGGCGGCGCCGAUGCCAACGGCGCUGGUGCUGAAUGGGCGCCGUACUGGACCACGCCCUCUUCGGCGGCCGCCGUUGCGGCGGAGGUGGCCGCCGCAGCGGCCACUGACGCAGGCGCGGGUGCGGGCGCGGGUGCGGGCGCGGGCGCCGUGGGCCAGAAUGGCUCGCACAUCAGCGGCAGCGGUGGCGGCGGCGUCUACGGCAAGCCUGAGCCGCCGCGGCUGCUGCAGGUGUACCCGCGUGUGCUGGUCGUGGACCCCGCUGCCGCUGUGGGGCCGGCGGCGGCGGCGGAGGCGCCCGCGCCGGGGCCUGCAGGCGAGCGGUGUGACGUGGGCUGGCGCGAUGCCCAGCCUCGUGUUGAUGGUGUGGCGGCGGCUGUGGUGCCGGGUCCGCACCGCAUGGAUGUGGUGGUGUGGUGGCCGCCGGAGCCUCCCAGUAGCAACAGCGGCGGUGGCUUCGCUGGCUUCGACACCGCCGCGGCGGCGGCGGCCCCUCCAGCCGCCGCCGCCGCCGCAGUGGACGCAGGCACGGACGCUGGAUCCCCUGCUCGCGCCAGCGGCGGUGGCUCGGAAGGUGAGCAGCUGGAGCUGCUGCUGCGGUGCCGCGGCAUGCACCUGCCUGCCGACGUGGUGGCGGUGACGCCAGUGGACGUCGCGCCGGCCGCGCAGGCGUUCGCGCCCACCGCCGCCGACGGCUGCGGGCAGCAGGUUGCCGCCGGCUCGGGCGCCCAAGCCUCACACGAUGACGGCGCUGACGACGCCUGCAGCGGCGACGCCUACGGGCUUUUGGGAAGCGGCGACGCCGCUGGGGCGGCGGAUGCCGUAGCGGCGGAUGUGGCGUACGGCAGCAGUAGUACGGCGUAUGGCGAGAACGGCGCGGCGCUGCAGUACAGCUUGGAGCUUCUGUACUUGCCGUCGCGGCCGGGCCUGCUCCUGGUAGAGGCGGGCCCGGCGGCGCUGGUGCCGGUGGUUCUGCUGCGGGAUGCCGCGGCAGCUGCGGAGCUGCAGGCCAUUGCUGACGGCUGGACCGCCAGCCCCGAUGAGCUGAACGACCUGCUGCAUGACGUCGCCGCUUUCGCGCACGAGGCCGCGGACGUCGAGGACGCGACAUCGCCAGCGACCGCGGGCGCCGGCAGCAACCGCCGCCACCUGCUGGAGCUGCCUGGCAGGGCCGUCAGCCUAGGCCACCACCUGCUGUCCUUCGCGCUACGCAGCCGCCUGCCCGCCCUCGCGGGCAUGAUGCGCCGCAGCCUGGCCGCCGCGCACGGCGCCGCCGCCAUCGCCACCUCGGCGUCCGUUACGGUGCCCUCCACCUCCACCACCCCCUCCCCAUUCAACGCCAACAACCCUUCGGCCUCCUGCUCCGCCGCCACGCCGCGCACAUCCCACGCGGCCGUGGGCUCUGAAAUUGCGGUCGAGGCAGAGACGGCCGCGUCUGACUCGGCGGAACCUCCAUCGGUGUGUGCCGUCGCUGAUUGCCGUUGCCCGCCUUCCGCCCCCUGCGGCUGUAGCCAGCGCCGCGCCAAGGCCGCGGCUGCUUCAAUGAAGCAGCGGGCCUCGUGGUGGUGGCCGCUGCGCGGUUGGCUGCUGCCGCUUGAGGCAGAUGAGGCGCCGGGUGCGGCUCAGGGCACGGAGUCUGGGUCGCGGCUGUUCCACGAGUUGGGCAGCUGCCACUGCGGCUGCGCGCGUACCCAGGUGGCGGCUGGCUUGGGCACGGACGCUGGUAGCAGCGCCGGUGCCGCCGGCUCCCCGGCGGUAGGCGCAGCAGCAGCGCUGGCGGCUAAGGCCGGCGGGCUGACGCCAGCGGCUGUGGCGCCAGCGGCCGAAAUGCUCGAGGAGAGUGCCGACGUGCCAGACGUGGCCGCACACAUCAUGCAAUGGACGGACGCGGCGAUUGCGGCGAUUGCGGUCACGCGCCUGGUGGCGGCCGCUGCCUCCGGAGGCGCCGUGAACUCGGUGCUGUCCGCCACGGCAUUGGACCUGGUGUCCGCGGCCGGCGGCGUGCUGUGUGCGGUGGCCUGGGUGCGGCAGCCGCGCGAUGCCUGGAAGGCAGCUGUUCGUCGUGCGGUGCUGCCCCGACAGGUGCUGGGCCUGAUGGCGAGGAUGCUGUCGGUCCUGCCUGGCAUGCCGCUGCCGGCGGCCCGGGUGCGCUACGAGCUGGGCGCGGGCGUGUGGCUACUGGAAGGCCUGGCGCUGCCGGCCGUGAGCCUGAUGUCCCCGGCUUUGGCGGCCACGCUGGCGGCAGCGCGCGUGCCGCUCCUAGCGCGUGGCUGGCUGGCGGCCGCCACCGCAGCCGGCAUUACCGCCAGUGGCGCCGCCGGCACCAGCAGCGGUGGCGGCAGCGCCGUGGACGGCCUCCUGGCGGCUUACGGCCUGCCGCCGCUGCUGCUGAGGACGGCACUAGAGCAUGCGGCGGGCGUUGCCGCGCUGUCGGCUGCCACCGCAGGGCUGUGCCACGCGGCGUGGGGCCGGCUGCGGCGCAAGAAGGCGUGAAGCUGCGACAUAUGUAAGGCAAGCUGGGAGGCGCAAACCAGGGCCAGCUGCUGUGGUUUUGGUGGCGAAGCUGUCCAUGGCGAAUGGAGUUCACGCUUCGUUGCGCUAGGCCAAUCAAGUCGUCGAGCAGGUUCAAUUGUGUGGCGCGAGAGCCGCCUCUCCCCGGUCAGCGCACGUGGUUGGGUGUGUGCCGCAGCAGGGUGAAUGGAGUGGCAGGGGCUUUUCGGGGUAUCUUGCAGCGCGUAUGAGGUAUUCAUAUAAAGGUUCACUAUGGCUAGGGCGUGUGUACUGAUGUGACACACAGCUGCAUAUCAGGCCCUUGCCGAGCUCACGAGAGAGAAAUGCGUGCGCAGGGCGUUCACGGAGUGUCGGUAGUGACGUACAUCUAUCCGCGGCUAGAUGGCCACUAGUGCUUACACUUCAAUCCGCUCUUUCAAACAAGACACCUUGUGUGCUUGCAUGUGUCCCCAUCCGCUUUCCUGCAGCGUCCGGUGGUAAAUGAAGUACGCCGAAGAUUUACUGCACAAACGCGUAUUGCUGGCCAUUUAAUCAAGAGGGGCCCCUCGGCAUGUGCAUCGUUGCGGCUCUUUUGUUAGAGUUGUUGUGUUGGGCGCAUAAAUGGGGGUUGCAAUGUGCGCACCUAUCUGAGUGCACAGAGGCCGGCCCUGGCCCUUAAGCGAGCUCGCUCACGCAGCGGCUGCAUGUGUAGGCAGGUCAUACGUUCUUUCUGGGCUGCUGCUGCGCAUACACGUGCCAGGCAAUGGUGUCGCCUGCCUAGUGGCGUGACGUGGUUGAGGCUCGGGAUAUACAAAUGUCAUGCGGGGACGUGUUGCAUACACCGCGGCCAGCUGAUUAUUCUGCCCUCGAUAUGAACCGUUAGGGCGGGAAGGCACGGCCGGAAGGCCGGACCGAUUAUUGCAGUGAUUGCCGGUAAAGAGUACAAAGGAGGGUCUGCAUGUCCGUGGCUUUUUCAUCUUCUCGUGGUCUUGGGGUUGACCGGGGUCCUCAGGCGCCGCACCCCACCCACACGGAGCGGCCACCAUCCAGUGACGGAGGGUGCGACUUUUGGAUUGCGCCUGAAUAGCUCUAGUCAGGUAACGGGCUUGUGAGGACGCGCGUGCGUGCGUGCCUCUUAAAAGUCUCAGGGAAUUGAAGCGGUGCGUGCGGCAGUUGACAUGAAUGCAUGGAGGCCCCCUAACUUUUAUGACGGUAUUAUAUUGUUUGAACCAAGUGAUCUGCUUCAAGGCUGGUCCGCUGUGCUCCGCUGGAGCUGUUACGGCGCGGCCGUUGUGCGUGUCGGGCCACGGUUAGGGUUUCUUUGUUGCCCCAGUUGACCAAUGCGCCUACGAUAGCUGUUAUUAUCAUCAACGUUGCUGUAAUUAAGCCUUCUC